GAGAGGCGUCUCAAUCUUGGUCUGGAUCUCUGGCUCUUGGCUUCAGUCUCCAGCGGGUCUUGAGUGUGAACGGACGUGAGCAGGGCAGAGAUCGGUGAACGCAGAUCGUACAUCGCAGAUCGCAGAUCGCAGUGUGAUCCAGUGGGCAGUGAUUCCAUAUAGCCUAGGCAAACAUUGCGACGACAUUUCCGAGUGCUUUCGAUCGUGGGAGCUCUUUAGUGGUAUCAGUGUGUGCGUGUGUGACACCUCUGCAAAUAUUGGCCAACGGUUAAUGGCCAUGAAGAAGCUCUAUGCCAAGACCUCGUUCACCAGCAAGAAGCCGACCAAUGUCUCGAAUUCCUCACCGAUUUUGGCCUAUCACCACCAUCAUCAGCAGCAGCAGCAGCAUCAGCAGCAGCAGCACCAGCCACAACUGCAUCCCAGCAGCAAUGGGAUGUGCGAGUUCCAGGUGGCUCCUGCUCCGCCGGGGGAGCUGCUAAUCCGACGCAGCCAGAGUAUGCAUCACAAGAUGUCACCUCCCGUCGGCGGUGGCAAGUCAGAGUAUUAUAGCAUAGAGGAGCUGCAGGAGCUGGAUCUGCUGGACUACCGCCAUCCCAUGUACCAUCACUACCAGCAGCAGCGCUACCACGAGCACGAGAAGCUGGUGCUGCAGUUGCCCAAGGCUGGACCCAUUUAUGAGGCGCCACAGCAGCAGAGAUCUCUUCAGCAGCAGCAGCAGCAGCAGGAUCAGAUGUUGUAUGUACCCAGGGACACAGCUGCAGGCACUGCCUCAUCGAUAGCCAGUUCAUCAUCCACUUUGACCUCAUCAUCCCCUAGCUCCUCUUCGUCUCUGAUCUUUUCCACUCUUCGGAAGUGCGUUUCCCCCUCGAAUUCACCCAAUUCCCCUGCUAUUCCCAGCCAAUCCUCUCGCUCGCAACCCUCCAAACUAGGCUGCUCCAUGUCGUUUUCAAUUAGAACCACAGCAGCAACAACAGCCACACUGCAGCAGCAGCAGCAGCAACAGGCACAGCAGCAACAUCAGCAGCAGCAGCAGCAACACAAGCCACAUCUCUAUAGCAACAUACAUCACUAUCUGCUCCAGCAGCAGCAGCAGAAACAACAUCACACAUUACAGCGUCGCCACAAUUCGGUCAAAGAUAAAUUCAUUGGGGGCAUUACAACGAUUUUUGCUGAGCAGAGCAUAAUCGGGGCUAGGGCCUCCGUGAUGGUGUACGAUGACAACCAGAAGAAGUGGGUGCCUUCGGGCACUUCGUCCGGACUGAGCAAGGUGCAGAUCUACCAUCAUCAGCAGAACAACACGUUCCGCGUGGUGGGGCGGAAGCUCCAGGAUCAUGAGGUGGUGAUCAAUUGCUCCAUCCUCAAGGGACUGAAGUACAACCAGGCCACGGCCACUUUUCACCAGUGGCGCGAUUCCAAAUUUGUCUACGGGUUGAACUUUUCGAGUCAAAGUGAUGCGGAAAACUUUGCCAGGGCCAUGCAUCAUGCCUUGGAUGUGCUCAGCGGCCGGGUGGCCAACAAUCCAGGUGGUCAGCCCACCAAUGGGAACGGCUAUGAGGAGGACAUGGGAUAUCGCACGAUGACCAGCGAGGAUGCGGCUAUUCUGCGGCAAAACAACGGCAUUGGCGGCCACACCACGCCCUCAGCUCAGACGCCCACCUCGCAGACCAACCAGAACAGCAUCCCCCAGAGCCCGCCGACGCCCCAGGGUCACCAUCGCACCAGCAGCGCCCCGCCGGCACCGCAGCCCCAGCAGCAGCAGCAACAGCAGCAGCAGGCGCAGCAAAUGGGUCAACCGGGCUCCCACUACGGACCCACCGGCAAUGGACCCACUUCGAAUGGCCUGCCGCAGCAGGUGAAUCCACAGAUACCGCCGGCACCGCAGCAGCAACAGCAGCAGGCGCCCCAGCAGCAGCAGCAGCAACAGUUUCAGCCGCAGCAGUACCAGCAGAUGGUCCAGGUCCAGGCGGGCUAUGCGCCCAACCAGGUGCAGUACCAGCAGCCCCACUACGUGCUCUCCAAUUCUAAUCCCAAUCUCACUGUGCAUCAAUACCCAACACAGCAGCAGCCCCAACAGCAGCAGCAGCAGGCGCCCCAGCCGCCGCCGCUCCAGAACGGCGGCAUGUACAUGGUGGGCCCACCCGGCCACCUGCCCAGCUCGGCGAGUGCCAACAGUGUGGUGUAUGCCAGCCAGCAGCAGAUGCUACCGCAGGCGCAUCCACAGGCGCCUCAGGCGCCCGCGAUGCCUGGUCCGGGCUACGGAGGUCCUCCAGGAGCCCCGCCCCAACAGCAGGUGGAGAAUCCUUACGGCCAGGUGCCCAUGCCGCCGCCCAUGAAUCCGUCACAGCAGCAGCAGCCCGGUCAGGUGCCGCUCAAUCGCAUGAGCAGCCAAAGCGGCGGCGGCCCAGUCGGACCGCCAGCUCCUGCUCCGCCCCCGCCGCCGCCCAGCUUUGGGGGAGCACCGGGUGCUCCGCCAGCGCCGCCACAGAUGUUCAAUGGCGCACCGCCGCCGCCACAGCCGCCGGCACCGCCCGCGCCGCCAGCCAUGGGCGUCGGACCACCACCGCCAGGUGGGCCAGGAGGCCCUGGAGCUCCACCUCCGCCGCCCCCACCACCAGGCUUAGGUGGAGCGCCCAAGAAGGAUGAUCCCCAGGCUGAUCUCAUGGGCUCGCUGGCCUCGCAGCUGCAACAGUUUAAGCUGAAAAAGAACAAGUCCACCACAUCUGCUCCGGAGAACAGUGGCAGCAGCACCUCCAGCGGAGGCAGCGGCAACUAUGGCACCAUUGGACGCAGCUCCAAUGGCAUGGCCUCGAUGAUGGACGAAAUGGCCAAGACGCUGGCCAGACGACGCGCCCAAGCCGAGAAGAAAGAUCCCGAGCCAGAACCCGAGGUGAAACAACGACCCUGGGAGAAAUCGAAUACGUUGCCCCACAAGCUGAGUGGUGGCGCUGGCAAUGGAUCGGCAAACCGGGGAGCGAAUGGCACCUCGGGCGGAGGAGCUGGAAGCAAUACAACGAAUAGCGGCGGCGAAUCACCACGGCCCAUGCGAAAGCGUUUUGGUAGUGCCAGCGAGGAGACCAUACUUAAGGUUAAUGGCGAUGGCCUGUCGCUGGCGCUGUCAAAUGGCGAGCUGGACACACUGAAGGCUGAGAUAGUGCGGGAAAUGCGACUGGAGAUCCAGAAGGUCAAGAAUGAGAUCAUAGAUGCUAUCAAAUCGGAGUUCAAUCGCAGAUAGAUCAAAGUACUUUUACGUUAAGCGCCAAACGGGUCACCGAAACUCCUCUACAACUCCCACCGAAUGCGCUGGCAGAUCAGGAUGGGGAGUCAGGAGAGGAGCAGAGCAGAGGCAGCCGGGGCGUGUAAUUUAAGACAUUCGCAAAGUAUUUCGAUGAUCGAGGCUCGCAACAUUGCCAGAAUGUUGACGGAUCGGUCAGCGAGGAAGAGAAUACGCAUACUUAUGAUGCACUUGCUCUAGGUUAACACAAACAAAAACACAAACGCCGAGAGGUGGAGAUAAACGUUUAGUCAAAGUAAUUAUAUAUUUUAAACUGGAAGGAAGACACACUUUUCCAAGUUAUGUAACUAAUAACUCAAACCCCUGUUGUACAUUAUUCUUUGCAUAUAUAAGUCUUUUUUAAGCCAACUUUUUAGUGUGAGAACAAAAGAUAAUUGCUUGCAACCGGUAUCGUAUGUAUCCCUAACUAAAGAUAAUUUAAGGGAUAGGAUAUGUAGCUUUCAUACAUUUGAUUUGCACAUUCUCUUUUUCAAGAGAUCCUGGAAGGCAUACAAUUCGUAUGGCGUUACGCGUCUAAUUCUUUAUAUUGUCCUUUGACCCUACCCACUCUCUUUCGUUUGUUAUGAGAUUUCCUCCAUAUGUUUCGUACCCAGAAAAGAAAAAAAAUCAAAAUGAACAACGUUUGUAAUUAAACUUGGAACGUAUC